AUGGCGGUGGCCGCGGCGUCUGGCACCGGCCCUGGCGAGUCGCCGGGCGCUCCGGGCCAGACGGGCGACCAGUCCAAGGAGUAUUCGGAGACGAUGCAGUCCAAGAUGGGCAGCUCCCUGGUCUACUCGCACGACGCCGGCAUGAACUACGCGCGCGUCGCGCCCAGGUUGAUGGUGGGCUCGUGCGUGCAGACGCCCGCUGACGUGGACAGGCUCCGUGCGGAGGGGGUCGGGCUCAUUUUCAGCCUGCAGGAGGACAAGGACAUGGCGCACUUCGGGCUGGACAUAGAGCCCAUCCGCAGACGCGCGGCGGAGCUCGGCAUGGCCCACGUGCGCCGGCCCAUCCGUGACUUCGAUCCGUUCCACCUGCGGCAGCAGCUGCCGGGAGCCGUGGGCUGCCUCGCGCGGGAGUUGGCCUCUCGGCCGGCAGGGCAGGUGGCGUACGUCCACUGCACGGCCGGGCUGGGUCGCGCACCGGCGACGGCUCUGGGCUACAUGGCCUGGAUCGACGGAACGCCACUCGACGCGGCGCUCGCGCAGCUGCUCGCGGUGCGCCGGUGUCAUCCGCAGGUGGGCAUGAUCCGGGCGGCCACGUGCGACAUCAUCGCAGGGGAGGAGGGCGGUCUCUGCGAGGCCGAAGUCGGCAUCGACCGCCCUGGAGCGGCCACGGUUGAGGUUGCUGGUUUGGACGUCGGUUGGGGCAGCAGGGUGCAGCUCGAGAAAGCAGGUGGCGCCAGGUUCGUGCUCAGACGGAGGCUCCCAGCUGGGAGCUACCAGUAUAAGUUCAUUGUCGACGGAGAGUGGAUGGCGAGCACGGAUUUGCCGACAGUGGACGACAAUGGCAAUGUCAAUAAUGUGCUCAACGUUUCCCCGCCGCUAGGAAGUGUUGACGCGGAGCGACGGGGCCGAUUGAUGGCAGCAGGAUCACAUCUUUCCAAAGAGGAGUUGGAGUUGAUUGCAGGCAAGCUGUUAUGCAGGGCCGAUUCUGCGCUGCCAGCGCUGUGA